UCACAUGCUCGAAAACGAGGACGGUGCCAAACCCAAAAACGACGAUACGCCGACGUUCUACGACCGCGAGGUGAGGUGAGGUUCCAUUCGUCUUCGCUCUCUCCGUCUUCGUUCAAACUACGCAGAGCACAAAAGGCAGAGGCGGAGCGAGCUCUGAAGGGAAAGCGAAGAUUCCGAGGGGAGGGAAAAUCCGUCGGAGUCGGCGGCGGAGGAAUCCGCGAGGUUUUGGGGCGGGCGUCCUCGCCGGUGCCGGAGAGGCUGAGGUUUCGGUUUCGGUUUCGGUUCGGCGCGUCGUUCGCGGUUGCUUCGGCGUGAAGUCUCUCUGAUUCUCCGGCCGCUUCGUCGGUGGAUUGGGUUCGAUUCGGGCGCGGAGGGAAGAGGAAGGGAUGCAGACGGAGGCGAGGGUCGGGGUCGUGGUGGAAGGAGGUCAGAGAGGGAUCGGCUCGGGGCACGGGAGCCUGGCGGCGGUGGACGGAGCCGCGCGGAAAUGCUCGCAGAAUCGCCAGCAGCAGCAGCCGUCGCAGAUCGGGAUGGUGUCGCAGCUGCUCGCCGGCGGCGUGGCCGGGGCCGUCAGUAAGACCUGCACGGCUCCCUUGGCGCGCCUCACCAUACUCUUUCAGGUGCAAGGAAUGCAUUCUGAUUUCGCAACUCUAAAGAAGGCCAGCAUAUGGCAUGAGGCUUCAAGGAUUGCUCGUGAAGAAGGAUUUAGAGCUUUCUGGAAAGGGAAUCUAGUCACAAUUGCCCAUCGCCUUCCUUAUUCUUCUGUAAACUUUUAUACUUAUGAGCAGUACAAGAAGUUGCUUCAUAUGAUCCCAGGAGUGGAAAGUUAUGGGAAAAAUAUGAGUACAGAGCCCUGCAUACAAUUUGUUAGCGGUGGUCUAGCAGGAAUGACAGCUGCAACAGCUACAUAUCCCUUAGAUCUUGUCAGAACACGUCUUGCGGCUCAGACAAAUGUUGUCUACUAUAGAGGUAUCUGGCAUGCUUUAGGAACAAUAAGCAGAGAAGAGGGCUUAUUAGGACUUUACAAGGGACUUGGGCCGACUCUUUUGACUGUGUGCCCCAGCAUAGCUAUAAGUUUUUCUGUGUAUGAGACCUUGAGAUCUUCUUGGCAGUCACAUAGGCCUCAUGAUUCCUACGCUGCUGUUAGCCUGGCUUGUGGCAGUCUUUCUGGUAUUGCAUCUUCAACAGUGACAUUCCCAUUGGAUCUUGUGAGGAGACGGAAGCAGUUGGAAGGAGCAGGAGGCCGAGCUCGGAUAUAUCAGACUGGAAUAUUCGGUACACUUAAACACAUAGUCCGGAAUGAGGGAUUUCGUGGCUUGUACAGGGGCAUCCUUCCUGAAUACUACAAGGUGGUUCCAGGCAUAGGCAUAUGCUUCAUGACCUAUGAAACGCUGAGAAGGCUUCUUGUGGACAUUGCUUCUAAUUUGUAGUGUCACUGCAAUUUCCUGGAUGCCAUUGACCGAGGGGGAAGCAGGAGGUGGAUCGAAGGGGCAUGGUGCUGUUUCCACUCUUUCCACAUUGGCUUAGGGUGAUUUUUUUCAAUGAGUUUCCUUAUGGCAGUUCCAUGUACCGUGAGCUGCUGUUUGGAGCUAUUUAUCUUUGUAUAGUAUAGGUGCAACAUGUUACACGUCUUUAAUUGCCAGCAUCAAGAAAGUCACAAAUAUGCUACCUCAAUGGAAAAGUCAUUUCUUUGUUCA